GCCCGGCGGCCCGCAGUCGGCCGAGUGCGCGGAGAGCGGGAGAGCGGGCUUCGGCUGCGGGGCUCCGGGCGGCGCCCGCUCGGUGGGGCUCCGGUGGCUCACGAUGCGCGACGCACAGGGCGAGGGGCGGGCCCCGGUGCUCCAGUUCACCAACUGCCGCAUCCUGCGAGGGCGGGCGCUGCUCAGGGAGGAUCUGUGGGUGCGCGGAGGCCGCAUUCUGGACCCGGAGAAGCUGUUCUUCGAGGAGCGGCGAAUGGCUGAUGAGCAGCGGGACUGCGGGGGCUGCAUCCUGGCGCCUGGCUUCAUCGAUGUGCAGAUCAACGGUGGAUUUGGCGUUGACUUCUCUCAGGCCACGGAGGACGUGGGUUCGGGGGUCGCCCUGGUGGCCCAGAGGAUAUUGUCUCAUGGAGUCACCUCCUUCUGCCCCACUUUGGUCACCUCGCCACCGGAGGUUUAUCACAAGCUGGUUCCCCCAGGUCCUUCUCAGAUCCCUUGUGAGAGUGGUGGUCCCCAUGGGGCAGGGGUCCUCGGGGUGCACCUGGAGGGCCCGUUCAUCAGCCGGGAGAAGCGAGGUGCACACCCCGAAGCCCACCUGCGCUCCUUUGAGGCCAACGCCUUCCACGAUGUGCUGGCCACCUACGGGCCCCUGGACAACGUCCGCAUUGUGACGCUGGCCCCCGAGCUGGGCCGAAGCCAUGAGGUGAUCCAGGCGCUGACAGCCCGUGGCAUCUGUGUGUCCCUAGGACACUCGGUGGCCGACCUGCAGGCCGCGGAGGAAGCCGUGCAGAGUGGGGCCACCUUCAUCACCCACCUCUUCAACGCCAUGCUGCCUUUCCACCACCGUGACCCCGGUAUCGUGGGGCUCCUGACCAGUGACCGGCUGCCUCCCGGCCGCCACAUCUUCUACGGGAUGAUCGCGGAUGGCACGCACACCAACCCGGCCGCCCUGCGCAUCGCCCACCGGGCCCAUCCCCAGGGGCUGGUGUUGGUCACUGACGCCGUUCCCGCCCUGGGUUUGGGCAAUGGGCGUCACACGCUGGGGCAGCAGGAGGUGGAGGUGGACGGGCUGACAGCCUAUGUGGCCGGCACCAAGACACUGAGCGGCAGCAUAGCCCCGAUGGAUGUCUGCGUCCGGCAUUUCCUGCAGGCUACAGGCUGCAGUGUGGAGCUGGCCCUGGAGGCUGCGUCCCUGCACCCCGCGCAGCUGCUGGGGCUGGAGAAACACAAGGGGACGCUGGACUUCGGGGCUGAUGCAGACUUCGUGGUGCUCGAUGACUCCCUCCACGUGCGGGCCACCUACAUCGGCGAGUUGGUGUGGCAGGCGGAGGAAGCCAGGCAGUGACUGAGGACCACGGCUGGAAGGGACGACCAGCCUGAGCUGGACACUGUCAGGGCUGAGCCGUCGAGGAGCUGGUCUCCGGGGAGCAAGUGGGAGCCCUGCCCCAGGUGGAGGCCUGCCAGGUGGAGGCAGCUGGAUAAACGUUCGCCCCGCAGGGA